GCUGAAAACUGACUUCUGAUCCUCAGGACGACUCAACCCUCCCAAACUCUUCCUGGUCACAUAGAAGACCACUUCCGCCUGCUACGUGCUGGCCCCUGUGUGGACAGCCAGCGAAAUAGAUGCCGGAGGGCUUCACAGUGUGGCCGCUGCUGAAAACCAAGGACGGACGCGCCUGGUGUUUUGGGAAACAAGGACCGAGGAGACAUCCCCCACUCGGCGUCCUGGAGAGCAGCGGGUCGCUGUGGUCAUCACGCACGGCUGUAUUAUGUCAUCCCCGCGUCGCCCCUGAGCCGGCCGCGAGUUUGCGCCCAGGGCCUGCCCGGCCUCAUCAUGAGCCACGGACCAAGCCCAAGGCUGGCCGAGUCCCCACAGCUGUCCAAGAGCAGCCUGCUAACCAUCCUGGGCAGCCCCUCUCCGGAACGCAUGGGCCCUGCCGACUCGUUGCCACCCACACCGUCCAGCGGCACGCCCUCGCCAGGGCCGCCGCCCGCACUGUCCUUACCGCCUGCGCCCGCGCUGCUGGCCGACGGGGACUGGGAGAGCCGCGAGGAGCUGCGGCUGCGGGAGCUGGAGGAGGCGCGCGCGCGGGCCGCGCAGAUGGAGAAGACCAUGCGCUGGUGGUCGGACUGCACGGCCAACUGGCGCGAGAAGUGGAGCAAGGUGCGCGCCGAGCGCAACCGCGCGCGCGAGGAGGUGCGCCAGCUGCGCCAGCGCCUCGACGCGCUCACCAAGGAGCUGGCGGGCGCGCGCCGGGAGCGCCAGGAGGCGCAGGGCGAGUGCGAGGCGCGCGGCCGCGAGCUGGCGAGGCUGCGGGGUGCGCGCGAAGCGGCGGACAAGACGCACGACGGUCCAGAGCCCGAGCCGGUGCGCGACGUCGGGUCGGAGAGGCCACAGGGCAGCCAGGAGCUGGAUCUGGUGGAGAGCCUGCUGAAGAACAGACCAGAGGAGCCUGAGGGCUGCUGGGAAGCCUGCAGUAGUGCAGCUGGGGGCUCCCGGGGCAGCUCAGGCCGCCAGGAACGCAGCCGCUUGCCCUGGGAGGACCCGGUUCCCACAGAGGAGGACGCCUCUAAGUUGACUGCCCUGCGGCUGCGGCUGGAUGAGUCCCAGAAGGUGCUGCUCAAGGAGCGAGAGGAUAAACUGGCCCUGAGUCGAAACAUUGAGAAGCUGGAGGGGGAGCUCAGCCAGUGGAAGAUCAAGUAUGAGGAACUGAGCAAGACCAAGCAGGAGAUGCUCAAGCAACUCAGCAUCCUGAAGGAGACACAUCAGGACGAACUGGGCCGCAUGUCCGAAGACCUGGAAGACGAGCUGGGCGCCCGGUCCAGCAUGGAUAGGAAGAUGGCUGAGCUGCGGGGCGAGAUGGAGCGGCUGCAGGCAGAGAAUGCAGCCGAGUGGGGCCGUCGGGAGCGGCUGGAGACGGAAAAGUUAGGCCUCGAACGGGAGAACAAGAAACUGCGAGCUCAGGUUGGGGAUCUGGAGGAGGCGCUGGCCAGGAGGCGACGACAGACGGCUAGCGCCCUGGACUGUGACCUGCGGGCCAGCCAGGUUGCACUCUUUGAGAAGAACAAGGAACUGGCCGACCUGAAGCACAUGCAUGGCAAGCUGAAAAAGCAGUUUCAGGAGAAGGUGGCAGAGUUGGCACACGCCCACCGACGCAUGGAGCAGCACGAGGCAGAGGUGAAGAAGCUGAGGCUCCGGGUGGAGGAGCUCAAGAAAGAGCUGGCCCAGGCUGAGGACGAGCUGGAUGAGGCCCACAACCAGGCGCGGAAGCUACAGCGGUCCCUGGAUGAGCAGACGGAGCAGAGCGAGAACUUGCAGGUGCAGCUGGAGCACCUGCAGUCCAGGCUCCGCAGGCAACAGCAAAAUGCUCCCCUUUUUGGGAAGAUUCGAAGCACUCGAUUUGGUACUGAGGAGACCGGUGAUGGAGCCAGCGACCUGGAUGAGGAUGAGGACCUACAAAUCCAGGUGGCCUAGAGCCUCCAGGACUGGCUUAAAACCAGAGAUGCCUAGCUGGCCAUCCACUCGAACUGAUGCAGCUGUCAGCACUCGCUGGGGGUCCCCCUCCUGGUCUCUGCCAAGGACCACUUCCUUCUCUCAGGAGAGCAGCAGUCCCACCUGCCCGCACUCCAGGAAGGAGAAAGCCUGUUGGAUAUGUAUAUCAUAGAUAUGCCCAGCACUGCUUGAACCCGUUUGGUUUUAUAAACACGGGACCACUCACCCAGAGCAUCAUUCAUGGGUGGACCUCAUUGAUGGCGGGCCGUGGGGUCCUAACCCACGCUGCCUCUCUCUCAGCCUUGAUGGUUUAGCGCGAACUGUUCAUAAUAGGGUGCAGUGAACCCGGUCUUUAUAUAAUAAAUGGACUUCAAGUUCUCA